AUGCCAGACGUAUCCAGACCCGGCAGAAAGAAGCGGUGGCAUCACAAAGACUUCAACGGCUGCAUCAAGUGCAAAGAAAGGCGGGUCAAGUGCGGGUCGGAAAAGCCAGCUUGUCUCAGAUGCCAAAAGCUGGGAGUCCUCUGCCCUGGGUAUCGGCCCCUGCAGGUCCGUAUCUUUGAGCUCAGACGCCAGCACGACUUCGAGUGCGAAGAGGAUGCGGCCAACUUCGACUAUUUUCGUAAAUCGGGAUCAAAGGUUGUGGCACUGUCUCAAGCAACGUCUCAGCCCUUCUGGUCACGGCUCGUCCUUCAACUGGCCGAAACCAAUACAAUUAUCAAGCAUGGACUGGUCACCCUGGGCGCUCUCUUACGGCCUCUACAUGCAUAUCAUUCCUCCCAGGACUACCGGACUCUUUGCAUAUCGCAGUCUGCUACGAAGAAUUCAACAGCAGCAAUGUGUCAGCUGAAGUCAGCGGCCUUGGGUGGUCUACCGCUAGAAGCGGCGAUAGCAUGCUGUCUCGUCUCCGCCGAGCUUGAUCGGUGGAUGGAGAACACGACGUCACCCGCCGCUCAGACCAUGUUGGCAUACCGUCUCCUGAAAGGGAGACGUAGAGAAAUCACAGGAGUAGCCACUACAGCGAAAGACGAGUGCCAUCAACUAUUCGAGCCGAUGAUUGACGAACUCCUCGUCGAUGCGUGCAGCUCUACCGACAACUUCCCCACUCUGACCUCUGGACUCAUGUCCAACUACCAGCUGGCCAGUGGUCUCGACCGGGCCACCUCUAUCACAACCUACAUGGACGCCCUUCACAGCGUUGCAGCACUCCUGAAAGCGGCCUUCCGCUCGACCUGCCCUUACAUCGUCGCCACCCCUGCUGAGAUGGCUCAGAUCUCCUUGACCAUGGACACGAUCGGCCACAAAAUGCGGCAGCUUCACGCCGAGGGCGAGCUUCCCGUGGAAUAUCAACUUCUCCAGGUCCACCAUCAAGUCGCCCGCAUCAUGUUCUACACAUUGGGACGGGAGGACGAGUGGAUGUACGAUGUGUUCACGACGACUUUCGCGGCCAUCGUCGAACAGAUGCAGCUUAUCUUGACGUCUUUGAGAGACACAGCAACAACAACCAAAAGGGGAGAACAGUCUGCCUUUGCACCUACCUUGGGAGUCAUUCCCCCGCUUUUCUUGGUGGCGACCAAGUGUCGCCAUCCCCAAGUUCGGCAGCGAGCAUUGCAAAUGCUCCAUGGAGUGCUGCGGAGGGAGAGGGGCUGGACAAGCUGUAUGGCGGCUGCGAUCAGCCAAUUCGUGAUCCGAGAAGAACAGGAGGGGGAGGAAGAGUUCCAGGUCUGCGAUGGGACACUCCAAAAUACCGAGAACCCUCGAAAGAGAAUCGCACUGGACGAGGCGGAAUUCUCCAGCCGUGAAAACAAGAUAUACCUCGCCUACACCGUCUACUUCAAUAAGGCCAACGACUCCCCGAGGCCAAAGCGCAUCGCAAGCAUCCCCUAUCUCUCUCACCCCUCCGUAGAGGUGACGAACGGCAUGACGUAUCAGAUGUCACGAAAGGUCCUGCGACACUGCGGGUACACGGGGGUGAAUUUGUUCUCGCCGCAGAUUGAGUGUCAUUGUGUCUGA